GGCCCCGGCCCGGGGCGGGUCGGGGGCUGCAGCCGCCCCAUCUGCCCUCCUGGCACAUCCGGGGAGGAGUCAAGUCAGACGGGAAGGCCGAGGCGCCUACAGCACCGCAGAAAGGAGGGCCCCCCGGCUGAGCGUGGGCGCGUGGGCGGGUGAGCUUGGGGCCCUGGGCGACGUCACGUCCCGCCCCUGUCUGUCACGGGCGCGGCCCCGCCUCUCUGCCCUCCGCCCGGCCCCGCCCCGCCCGCCUCAAGAGUCCGAGCGCCGCUAACCUCCAGCCCACACCGGCCUCGGGAACACAGGGAAGGCCAUGGAGACUUCAGGAUCACUUCAAGACCACAGUCAAGUCCACGGAGAAUCAGAAGAUCUAGACCAUGGAGAGACAGAUUUCCACAAGCAAGACCAGGAAGCUGAGCUCUAUUCUCAAGAACAAGAUGAGAGAGGCAAGUCUUCCUCCUCUUCAUCCUCCUCCUCAGGUGCUGAGCAUGGGGAGCCUGACGUUUUGAAGGAUGAGCUUCAGCUCUGUGAAGGUGUCCCUGGGGAGGUGGUGCUGUCUGAGGAAUCAGGACUCCGAAGGAGAGGCUCUAACCCAGAGAGUGAAGUGGAGCCCUGUCAGUUAAGAAGACUAAAUAUAAAGAAAGAUGAUGAGUUUUUCCAUUUCAUCCUCCUCUGCUUUGCCAUUGGGGCCUUGCUGGUGUGUUAUCACUAUUAUACAGACUGGUUCAUGUCCCUUGGGGUCGGGCUGCUCACCUUUGCCUCCUUGGAGACCGUUGGCAUCUACUUUGGCCUGGUGUACCGGAUCCACAGCGUCCUGCAUGGCUUCAUUCCCCUCUUUCAGAAGUUUAGGCUGAUAGCUCUCAGCUCAGCCCUGACAGCAGCACCUGGGCCCAGCCCUCCAACUUUGUCCCUCGUUUUCAAGAUUGUUUUGGCUGUUCUGGGUCCCUUGCAUUUCCACACAAGUUUUAGGAUCAGCUUGUCCACUUCUGGAAAGAAGCCGGUGGGAACUCCGCCGGGACUGCAUUGCACCUGCAUAUCAGUGUGAAGAGGAUUGUGCUUCUUCGUAGUGACGUAUGACCUUCUUUUACAUUUGGUUAGAAAAAAAAUUGCCCCAAAUCCCAGAACCAAAAUCCACCACAGAUGGUAUUUGGGUGUGUUUCCUGUGAGUCUUUUUAGUGCAUGAGUUCAUUUAUUUUUAUUUUGGGCCCUUUUCUCUUUCAUAUAUAAUAAGCAUUUUUCCAUUCCUGCAUACUCUCCCUAAGCAUCAUUUCCAGCCACUGGGUAUUUCAUGCUUUACAGAAUAAUCCCUCUAUACUUAGAUGAUAAUAUCAGCAGCUAACAUUUGUUCAGUACUUGUUCUGUGCUGGAUGUGGAGCCAAGCACGUUGCAAACACUGCGUCAUUUCAUCCUCAUCACAACCCUGAGAGGUAGCACCUGUCCACGAUCCCCAUUGUACAGACAGGAAAACUACGACACGGAAAGUUAGUGUCUGAGGUUUGUAUUUCAAGCACUUGUGUAUAACUUACUUUCCUCAAAAGGGAGCCUGGAGUGCACUGAUAAAAUAUUUAUCAAAUGAACAAACAGCAUGCAAGGUUUCACAAUAGAAACAUGAGCUUGCUGACUUGAGGGCAGUGUGGUUAGACUUCCCUGUCCCAGCCUCAGUUUCCUCAUCUGUACAAUGGGGGUCACAGCAGCACCCACCUUACAGUGUGUGGUGAGGAUUGUGUGAGUUGAUUGCAUUUCUGGCACAGAGUAGAGGUACUUGAUUCGGGCAGAGGCACGUAUUAGGGUCCCCAGGGGCAGGCAGGCAACCUCAGCCCGGUGUAGAAAAGUGGGGAGCAGGGGAGAGAGGGGGCUGAGGGAGCCGAUAGCUGACCUAAGCCUCGUGAAGACGUGAGUCCGAACUGCUGCUGGUAUCCUUGGGCUUUCUGGGCCCAGGUGUCAAAGGAGGGGCUCAGGUGGGUCAGGUUGUAGGGACCCCUCAUGCCCUGGGAGAGAAAGCCCCCCACCUCCAGAUCUUAGUGGAGGGUCUGCCUGCCCUAGUGUGCUGCCUCCCUGGGGCUCCAGCCCCCAGCACUGCCCUUGGAACCCCUCACUGCUUCUCUGCCGAGUUACAGCUCAAGGCCAGUGCCAGUGGGGUCUGGUUACACCUCAGGCGUCAGGCAGAUUCCGGGAGCCCCAGUCCAACAAGUGGUCUAAAAAUAAAGCACUGAAUCCUGAGUCCAGGAAGGCAGGGUUGCAAAGUGGGGUGGUGGAGAAGGGCUUGGAUGGUGUGGGCUUCCAUCUCUGGUUGCCCUGGACACUGUGCACUGGGUUUCUGCUGUGACCACAGCAGAGGAGGACACGGGUAUGAGGGUAUUUCAAGGCCGUCCAAGCCAGCUUGCACUGGGAGGGAAAGAGGGAAGCCCAGCAGUGCUGUGGCAGUUGUCUCCUCCUCCUGACACAGUCCCAGGAAUCCUCCCUCUACUCCAGAGGACCCAGGCAGGACCAGCGAUGGAGCCAGGGGAUGCUGCUGACUGAGCCUGGGAAGCUGGGGAAAGUGCUUGACGGGGAGGCUGGGCUUUGCGGGGAAGAUGUAGGGAAGGGCUUUGCAGGCAGAGGGCCCAGGGUGGGCAAAGGUAUGGAGGAGUGAAAGGACAGCAUGUCUUGGGGGCAACAGGUAUCAGUCCAGCAU